AUGUUAUCUCCGACGCCAAAGAAUAAAGCCUCCAGUAUAUGGUCUUUUGAUUCGGGCUACGGCUCUGCCACUUUAGAAGACGACGAAGGAUUCCAGAUCAACCAGUCAGGAAGCUCUUCGAUCUACAGAACGCUCUCUCCAUUCCGACAAGAACGUGACCAUCCAGACCUUGGCGACUCGUUGAACCUUGAGGUAGAAAAUGGAAUUCGCUUGAGAGCAACUGCCAAUUCGACUGAGCCCCAGGAUGCCAGACUCGAUGUGUUCACCGCGAAGGUUUGCUCUAGUAACGAGUCUUUGUUCGUGACACAAAACAACGGUCAUGAUUGCCUUCGAUGUCAACUCUGGAACAUAGCAAACCCCAGGGAGAAUCUUAGAUGCGAAGACUGUACCCGUGAAGCUUUUGCAACAUCGGAGGCUAUCGUCUGUAUCGCUGAACAGCCGAAAACGACCACUGCACAACUUCGACUGAAUAUCAUAAGUGAACCUCCGUCGAGAAAUCUCUCCCAACCUAAGGGUACCGGGCGAUGCUCUGCAUGUGAGAUCUCGGCACUUAUCGGCCCGGAUCAGGCUGCCAAUUGCACCUCAUGUGAUCCGAAUACAGAACUAUCAUCACCAUCUUCAGCAAGCCAGCUAUUAAAGGUCAAACGUUCAAGUGCUCGACGACCGCCUACCAAACUUGAGUUGCAUGCUACGCGAUGUCUGCAAGGGUGGCUAAAAGACAACCGAAACAACCCUUAUCCAGACACUGAUACCAAACGUUUACUAGCCGAAAAAUGCGCCAUCACUGAGAAACAGGUUAGCACUUGGCUCACCAAUGCAAGGGCAAGAGGAAGGUUUGUCGAUGCAAGUUCGUCAAAUUCGGCCUCGGAAAAUGAGGGUUCGCGGAAAACUAGACUUUCGAACGUGACAUCGACGGCGAAAUCGAACGGAGCAUGUUACAAUCGCCGCAGUUCUGUUACGUCUCAUUACCCAGCCGAAAAUUCCAACCAAACAGGUACAGUCACGUCGAGACGAGGCAAGAAAAAGGAUUACGGCCAGUCUAGCAACAUUCCUCAUGCAACCCACCAGGUCUUACCCGUCCUGCCAGCAUCGAUAUCACUAUCUGUCCACGAAACAGAUAACGGUUCAAAGACCUGGCAAUGUACUUUCUGCUACCAACAUAUCGCACGCAAGUCCUGGCGCCGCCAUGAGGAAACCCAACAUCGUCCGAAACGAAAGUGGACAUGCUUGCUUACUGGUCCAAGUCUCACGCUUCCAUCUCGCUCAGACACGUCCAUAUUCUGCGUCUUCUGUAUGGUAUCAAACCCUAGCGAUGAGCACUUUGCACAAUGUCACCGCAUAGCCGAGUGUAUGAACAAGGUCGAAGAUGAAAGAACAUUCUUGCGGCCGGAUCAUCUACGCCAGCAUGUCAAAAACUUCCACAAAGCAAAACUGGAUGAGACUAUCCGCAAUCUUUGGAGACGAGAAGGGCCUGGCACCGAUUCCGUAGAAGACUGGGUCUGCGGAUUUUGUGCAAAGGUGCUGAAGACGUGGGACGACCGAGAGGCGCAUAUAGCAGGUCAUUUCAAGAAUGGGCUGACCAUGACGCAUUGGAAGGGAUAUAUGCGCCAAGAUGUCGAUGCUGAGGCGAGCAGGAAGAGACCGGUUUCAAGUGAAGGACGACCAAACAUGCUCUCAAAGUUAGCUCGGACGCUUACUGGCCGAUCAGUGCGCCAACAGCAUCACUGCGAGUCACAUAGCCAGAUCGCCGACACUUUCGACGCUACACCGAUAUAUACGUCCACGUCCGACCCGGAUUUACAUUUGUUGCCGGAACUCAUUUUCGACGACUUUAUGCUGGGAGCAGGCGAUGGUUACUUUGAUUAUAACGGUACGACUUUUGCGAGCGCGUACGACCAGGGUUUAGGUUCUGCUGAACGUCACGAUUCAGCUUUCCCGGACGGGGAUAACACUGGGUUCGACUUUGGCAACCUGACGGAGAAUAUCACCAACGAAAACUUUUCGAAUAUGGAUACGUUUGGACUUUGGUAUCAAUAG